AUGGACAGUCCAGGCAACAAUGCCGGCAGCGGCGGCGACGGCGCCAACAAGACCCCCGAUUACAAACACAUGAGCCGGUCGGAAUACAUGCAAAAGGCCCGAGCCGCCAUCGAAGAGCGCCGCCAGCUGGCCAUGACGAACCGCAAGCAAUUCGAGCCCCAGAUCCACGAGCAGAUCCAGCGCCUGUUCCAAACCUACGAGGCGCCCUUUUACGCGCAGCUCCGCGGCUUCGGCAAAGCCCAGACCCUCGCUCUGGCCGAAUCCACCGUCCUGUCCCUGGCCGCCGUCAACAACCGCGCCUUUGAGGACCAAGAGACGCAGGCCCUCACGGAGCACUUUCUGUCGAGCGUGCACAACCUGCUCGCGUGGAAAUGGGCAAUGACCGGCUUCGCGGGCUACAUGGCCUACCGCGGCCGCAAGACGUGGCGCUUCCCCUUCUUCAACCCGGAAUUCAAGCGCUUCAGCCCCAUCGGCGGCAGCCCGGGCCUCAAGUUCAUGUGGCAUAGCGCCCGCUUCGCCGCAUAUUACGGAACCCUCUGGGUUCUUGGCGAGCCGGUCUUUCAAGGCGCAAACUUCAUGCGACAGCGUCGAGAGAUGGAGGCGGAUCCUAGGCUGCGAGCGCUCUUACAUGAUGGAGGGGCCCAGGGCGCUACGCUGCUAGGAGGCAAUCCGGAAGCUCGCGAGCAGAUUCGCGACGAAUGGGAGUCGGCAGCGCAGUAUGAGAAUACGAAUCAACAAUAUAGAGAUGCCGAAUCUGAACAAAAGGCUCCAGCUGCACCAACGCAAUCCGCCUGGACGUCAUAUCGCAGCCCCGCGACACCGUCCGCACAGCCCCAACCGCAACAACAGCAAUCUGAUGCGUGGGAUUCUUCAUUUACAGACGACUUUGAUGACGCCUCGCCCGUCGCACCCGCAGCAAGAAAUCGCUCAGAUGCCUCAAACAAUUCCAGCGGCUCGGCGUGGGACCGCAUCCGACAACAAGCUCAAUACCAGCCUUCUCAGCAAAAUCGCAAGACGUGGGAGAAGCCUCAGUCAGGAGGCGGAUGGGGAUCAGAGGCUGAAUCAGGUGCGCAGUACCAAGGAUCAGCCCCGCGAGAGAGCUAUUCAUUCUCGAGCGCCGACGAGGAGAAGAACUUGGCCAAAGGGCAAGCUCAGCAAGAGUUUGACCGGUUACUAGAGAGAGAGCGCGAGGGCCAGGGUCAGGAGAGGAGCUCGUGGAGCAGAAAAUAGCUGAGACAUUUACAAACUAGCUAGUCUUGCUUAUGUAUUAUAUGUAUUCAUGUGCAUGUGUCAUUUAUAGAGUACACAUCUCACUCAAAUUUGCAAAUUUUCUUGUUUUUCUUAAGACAGAAAAGAAGAUCUUAUUCAUUAUGUUAAAAGAGUGAAAUAAAGCCCCGUAUGAGUGUCAUGACUUUGAAGUUUCGAGACCCUGAUGUAGCUAGAAUGCACAGAAACCAAGAAGCCAGUCUCAUCGGUAGAUCCGUGCACAAGACAAAAAUAGGCCCCGGCACAUCCAACACUCCUACUCUAAGCCUUCACCUCGUCUGUAACUUUAACAGGUUCUAUCUCCUGUGUAUCAUCGUUCUGUUGUUCCACUUUGGCCUCCAAGAUGCUUUCGCCAGCCAUGUUUGCCGCGAGUGUUUCUUCCUUUACUGGCUCUUCCGGUUUCUUGACUUCUUCUAACUUCUCGGGCUCGCUUGGCUCCUUGAUUUCUUCUGGCUCCUUAAUUUCUUCAGGCUCCUUGGUUAUUUCGGGCUCUUUGGCGCUCUCAAGGACCUUUGGUUCUUCAGAUUCAGCCAAAGGUUUGGGCUCUGACACAGUCUCGGACUGUGCAGGCUCGGUUGAAGCAGCGGGCUCAACAGGUUCCUUGGGGGCUUCAGGUUCUACCACCUUUGCGACAGGCUCCGUCUCUUUCUCCUCUUCUGCUUUAGGCUUUUCUACCUCGGCAGGCUUCUCAUUCUCUAUCGGAGGCAGUUUCUCUGCUUCUAGUCCGGUUUCAGAAACGUCCUUUGCAGGGACCUCGAGUGAGUCAGAAGCAACAUGGACGUCGCCAUGAUCAGGGUCAAUGUUCCAAAUUGUCUGCGGCUGUGAGAAGGAUAGCGUGAUAGGAGCGGGCUCCUUCGUUGAUGUAGCAGCAGGAGCUGGGGCCGAGCUCUUAGUCGGUGCGCGACGCUGUGGUCCUCUAGCCCGACUUUUUCUAGCAUCAGACAGUAGGACUUUAUCCUUAUCCUCUACAGCUUCAUUCUUUUCAGUCUCCUCCUUCUUCGAAGGCUGCGGUCCAAGCUGCAGACGCUUAUUCAAAUCGCUCAUGAAGCCAGCCUGCAGAGCGGCAAUCUUACCCCCAGCAGGGCGAGAGGGAACUGGGGGCUUCGGUUUGGAAAGCUCUCCAUCCUUUGAGUCGGCCGAAACUUUUUUAACAGGUCGAGUAGGUAUCACCGGCUUGGGCGCAUCUUCCCCGCUGAGCUGUCUAGUUGACUUUGGGCGAUCAGGAACGGCAGGCUUAUGUGAAAGCAGUUCGGAUAGCUUCUUGGAAGGUCGGGCGGGUACUUCAGGCUUGUUCUCGCUCUUUGGCUUUUCCUCCACCUCUGCCUCAUGAAGAAGACUCUCUGGAGUAUCUUCCCACACAUCUUUACUGGGGAAUCGAUGACCUGUACUUGACUUGCCACCUUUCAGAUGGGGUUGGUGAUCGACCCAAGUAGGCUUUGGCUGCUCCAAGAUGGGUAGGAAGUUGUGUUUCUUGCCGUUUGCUUCCUUUUCGGCGAGCUCUUCUUGUUGCAUGGCAAACAUUUGAGCCGGGGUCAUGGGGCGAUUCUCAGGAUGCGUUGACGACUUCCUUCGUUGAGCGUCU